UCCGGGCAGCGGGGGCAGGAGCGGCGGCGGCGGCGGUGGGAGAAGCAGCAGCAGCGGCCGCCGCUGCUGCUCGGGAGAGAAGGGAAAGGGCAGGGGAAGCCGAGAGCGAGGAGCGCGGGGGAGCGGGCUCAUGACUCAGUGAGCGGCUGCAGCCCCUUCCCAGCCCCGCGCCCGGCCGGAGUCGGGGCGACCGCGACGGAUUGUCCCGCAGCCUGUGCCCGGCACCAGCGAGAGAGAGACCUGCGCUCGCCUGCAGUGCAGCAUCUGCCAUGUCUACAGAGGGGCAGAGAGUGGAUGAUAGUCCAAGCACUAGUGGAGGCAGCUCUGAUGGAGAUCAGCGUGAAGGUGUUCAGCAGGAACAAGAAAGGGAGCAAGUUCAGCCCAAGAAAAAAGAGGGCAAAAUAUCAAGCAAAACAGCUGCUAAACUGUCAACUAGUGCUAAAAGAAUUCAGAAAGAACUUGCAGAAAUUACAUUAGACCCUCCUCCAAACUGUAGUGCUGGACCCAAAGGAGACAACAUUUAUGAAUGGAGGUCAACUAUACUGGGACCUCCAGGAUCUGUAUAUGAAGGUGGAGUUUUCUUCCUUGACAUUACCUUUUCACCGGACUAUCCUUUUAAACCACCUAAGGUAACAUUUCGGACAAGAAUCUACCACUGUAACAUUAACAGCCAAGGCGUCAUCUGCCUGGACAUUUUAAAAGACAACUGGAGUCCAGCGUUAACCAUUUCUAAAGUUCUCCUCUCCAUCUGCUCCCUCCUCACAGACUGCAACCCGGCUGACCCCCUGGUUGGAAGCAUUGCCACUCAGUACAUGACUAACAGAGCAGAGCAUGACAGAAUGGCCAGACAGUGGACCAAGCGAUACGCCACAUAGGAACCUACUCUAGGAUUUGCUGGACCUGUGCAAGCACAUUCACUAAGUGCAUCAAUAGCCCUUCCCUCCAUUCUUAUUUUUUAUUAAAUUUUGAACCAUUUUGUGACAAAAGGUUGUCCUUACCUUCUUUUUUUUUGUUUUAUUUUUAUUUGUUCUGGGGUUUUUUGUUCUGUUAACUUGAAAGCUGUUUCCCUCAAAUGUAGGCAGGGAAUUUUGGUUAUCAGUGCAAAGAAUGUUGGAUCUGUAAUAGUAUAGAGCUUUAUCACAAAGCUUUGUAUUAAUGUGUGGGAUUGUUUUUUUUUUUUCUUUCAUGUGGUUUUGGGGAAAACAAACAAAUUCAGAAUUAUAUCUCGUUUCUACUUAAAUGUAGUGUUUAGGGUUAUUUUUUUGUACUGAAGUCUUUAAUGGUGGGUGCAUGCUACUGGGAACAAGUUUUGUAUAAAAGCUUAAAAUCAAGAAUCACUGUGCAUUACUAAGACUGUGUUUAUCACUAGCCUUCUGUUUCCCACACAAAAGGCUAUUGCAUUGAACAAAUUAAUAUGUAUUUUGAUUUACUUAAAAAAACAACAAAAAAAAAAAGUGCUUGUAAAUUUCUUAGGGACCUGCCACUUUUGACUGUGGAUCAGUUGAUGUACACUUGUAUUAUUAAAGCACUCAAUAAAACACUGUGGCUGAUAAAUGC